CGGGAGGCGGCCAGGAAAUGCCCAGGGGACUGUGUCACCUGUGCCCGCCAACUUGUUGAUUCCCAGGAGCGCUUCCUUUUCGGUCUGAGCCCGCCACCAAGUCUCUCGCUCCCCUGCUCACCUGUGGCCUGCAGAGUUCCGGAUCGCCCUCUUCCCGCCCCCCCCCUGCCCCGUACACCCCAACUUCACAGCCAUGAGCAAGUUGGGCAAGUUGUUUAAAGGGAGAGGCUCCUCCAAGAGCCGAACUGCUCUCAGCCCCCAGGAGGCCCUGGCCCGGCUUCGGGAAACGGAGGAGAUGCUGGGGAAGAAACAAGAGUACCUGGAGACUCGAAUCCAGAGAGAACUGGCCCUGGCCAAAAAGCACGGCACGAAGGACAAGCGAGCUGCAUUACAGGCACUGAAGAGAAAGAAGAGGUUUGAGAAGCAGCUCACUCAGCUUGAUGGCACCUUGUCCACCAUUGAGUUCCAGAGAGAAGCCCUGGAAAACUCCCACACCAACACCGAGGUGCUGAGGAACAUGAGCUACGCAGCAAAAGCCAUGAAGGCAGUUCAUGAAAACAUGGAUCUGAACAAAAUAGAUGACUUGAUGCAAGACAUCACUGAGCAACAGGAUAUCGCCCAAGAAAUCUCAGAAGCAUUCUCAGAACGGGUUCAAUUUGGCGAUGGCUUUGAUGAGGAUGAGUUGAUGGCAGAGCUUGAAGAAUUGGAGCAAGAGGAAUUAAAUCAGAAGAUGACAAAUAUCCAGCUUCCAAAUGUGCCUUCCUCUUCUCUUCCAGCACAGCCAGCUAGAAAGCACAGUAUGCCCUCCUCUGCACAUCCAUCAUCCCAAGCAGCCUCGUCUAAGAGAGCAGAAGAGGACGAUGAUGAGUUCAAACAGUUAGCAGCUUGGGCUACUUAAACUACAAUGGAUUUUUUUUUCUUCUCCUUUGGAUACCAAAAUGAACCAAUUAUUCAUAAAAAAAUGUUUAGUUUUGCCAAAUUUAAAAGUAAACAGUGACUUUAUUUUAUAUUCAUCCUCAGUUAAUAUUGUUUUUUAAGCUUCAGAAGGAAAAGUUAGGAAAGGACUUCCUAGUAGGAUGGGAGAGGAGCCUUGCAUGCAGAUGGGGGGCAGGGUGUUUGGAAUUUCUGGUUUUGGUCCAUAGUUGAUAUUCUGUAUAUAUUUGUGCAAAGGAAUUGAAUUCUGCUGAUAUAUUAGACAUAUAGCAAUUUAUAAGCCAUUUAUGCAGCAUACUUAAAGGAUAGCUGGGAAAAUUUCUAUGUGAAGGUAAGUUUGCCAAGUGCGUCCAUAUCACCCCAGGUAAUGUAAAUACCCCAGGAACAGACUCUUUAGCCUCUCUUAGAAGAGGCUUCUUGUAGAGAAGUCUUGUAUGAGUCUAUACAUGCAUAGCUUCACUUGAGUUUUGCUGUUUAAAAUCUUAAAGCAGCUCUAAUUGACAUUUAUUAUGCCAAUUAAGCUUGGAAUGGGGCAAUAGAUGCACUUCCCAAAAUGUCUGAAAGCUCUAAUGGUUUCCACCGCUGAGUGAGACUCUCCUGGGGGUAAUUGAGCCACUUAGGAGCUGUAUUGCCACUUUGAGGCCAUUAUGAUGCUGUUUUGGCUUCAUCUGUGCCUGUUCAUUCUCUACUAUUUUGUGUUCUCUUGUACAUUUUUUAAUACUUCACAGAAUACACGCUGUAAUGUAUAUAAAAUGAUUGGCAAUUAAACAUUUAUCUU